GUCGACAGCAAAGAUAACAGUGUUGUCUGUGUGGUUGUGGUGACGGGACUUACCUACGGAAGCGUGUGGGCAACACUAUGGGGCUUCUGUCAGAGGGCACGCCGCUCUCUUGGCCGCAGACCAAGCAGUACUCAGACCACGUGCGGGAACAUGGCAUUAAGCAGUUCAUCAACCAGUACCACCAGCUCAAGGGCCGCCAGGGAGACUGUCUCAAGUGGGGUGAUGAGAUAGAGUACAUGAUUAUCAAGUUGGACCACAAGAACAGGAAGGCACGACUUAGCUUACGAGGCUCUGAGCUCCUCGAGGUGUUGAGGGAGGCUGAGGAAACCAACCCUAAGGAGGUGCGGUCACUAUGGCGACCAGAGUAUGCCGAGUACAUGGUGGAAGGGACCCCUGGCCAGCCCUAUGGCUCCCUUGUCCAGCACUUCAACAUCGUGGAGCACAACAUGAGCUUCCGCCGUAGUGAAGUGCAGAGUUUGUUGUUGCCAGAUGAGGUGGUACUCUCCCUCACAAAUUUUCCCAGGUUGGGCUGUCCAGAUUUUACGUACCCACCAUCCCGUCCUGACCCCAACUCUGGAGCUAGUCGGUCCCUGUUCUUCCCAGAGGAAGCCAUCACACAGAGUCACCCAAGAUUUAAGACACUCACACGCAACAUCCGUGAGAGACGUGGAGAAAAAGUAGCCAUCAAUGUCCCUAUAUAUGUAGACCUUAAAACACCUAGACCAUUUGUAGAAGAUUUGUCUCAAUAUGGCGAUGAUGGCAGUUCUGCAGCUGCUGCGAAGGAGGACCAAGUGUAUAUGGAUGCGAUGGGUUUCGGUAUGGGAUGUUCGUGCUUGCAAAUGACCUUCCAAGCAUGCAAUGUGAAUGAGGCCCGGGUCCUCUACGAUCAUCUAACACCCCUCUGUCCUGUUAUGCUUGCGCUCACUGCUGCCUCGCCAAUUUAUCGUGGGUACCUGACAGACGUUGACUGUAGAUGGAAUGUGAUAGCCGCCUCAGUGGAUUGUCGUACCCGGGAAGAACGAGGUCUGGAGCCACUGAGAAACAACAGACUUGUUAUACCCAAAUCUCGCUAUGAUUCAGUGGACUGUUACCUCUCCGAAUGUGGUGCCAGGUAUAAUGAUAUUCCGCUGGUAUACGAUAAAGAUAUCCAGCAGAAGCUAGUAGGCAGCAAGGUUGAUGAGUACAUGGCUCAGCACAUCUCUCACCUCUUCAUCAGGGACUCCAUAUCCCUCUUCUCAGAGAGAAUUCAUCAGGAUGAUGCCAGGGAGAUGGAUCACUUUGAGAAUAUUCAGAGCACCAACUGGCAAACAAUGCGGUUCAAACUUCCACCAGUUAACAGUAACAUUGGCUGGAGAGUUGAGUUCCGACCCUGUGAAGUUCAGUUAACAGACUUUGAAAAUGCUGCCUUUGGAGUGUUUAUUGUGCUGCUCACUCGGGCACUGCUUACAUUUAAACUUAACAUGUUAAUUCCUAUCUCAAAGGUUGAUGAAAACAUGGCGAAUUGCCAGAAGCGAAAUGCUGUGCUGGAACAAAAGUUGUGGUUCAGGCAGGAAAUUUUCUCUCGUGACUGCGACAAGGGCGAUGAUGCUUGUCAGAUGACCGUCAGUGAAAUUAUCAAUGGAAAGGGAGAAGAGUUUGUGGGAUUAAUCCCUUUGGUGCGCCAGUAUCUAGGAGCACUGGACAUGGACGCUGACACAGCAUGCACCAUUGGUCAGUACUUAAACUUCAUUAGUGCCAGAGCAGCUGGUACUGCCAAGACCACAGCUGCCUGGAUGAGGAACUUUGUCACAUCACACCCAGAAUACAAGCAAGAUUCCGUUGUGAGUGAUGGUAUCGCCUAUGACUUAAUUAUUGCAUCCAGUGAAAUAACACAAGGCAAGCAAGAGUGUAAGGAGCUGCUGGGUGGAACACCCAAAACUAAAACUUCAGAGGAUAUACCUAAGGCCAUGAAGAAGAUCAUACAGAUGACCUGUAUGGCCCCACGGAAUGCCGAGUGAUCACCCUUUACAACUUGUAUUUUUCUGCAUUGUCACCCGAGUUUAAUGCCAUGUUUCAGGCAUCACAUAGAAUAUGGACACAGCAGGUUUUAGCAAAUUAAGUAAAUAUCAAUAGCAGUAUAGCUUCACAGCCAUCCUCCAGAUGUAACUGCUGGAGGAUGAUGAUAGCAUACUCCUUAUUAACCCAUCUUUAGGUGGUUAGCCACAUGUAACCAAAGGGUCAUUCACUAAAGUGGUGAGUGCUGAAAUUGGGACCAGAAAAUGUCUUCAAACCCCAAUAUCUCAAGGUUUUACUGUACCGGAGAAAAUAAUGUAAGCAGUCAGUAUCUUGUUCGUCACUUGUCAAAUACACAGAGCCAAUUGACAUGCAGAAUCCUCAUCAAUUUAGUUGAAGUGUCCUAAUCUCCUAAAAAUUUCAUAGUUGUAUACAGUAUAUCCAAAAAGAAUAGAAUAAAACUGGAGGAUUUUUGUACCAGUCCCUCUGGUAAAUAGCAGUCUUAAACUGAUCUUUGUGAACUUUAUCAAAUGCAAAAUAGAUAUUAAAGAUUUCAUCUAUCAAAGAUUA